AUGGCUGCUGCUAGUUUGAAUGCUACUAUUGAGAAUUUCCAUGGCCUUUCGUUAGGUUCUGGUAAGACACAAAAGACCCCGAUUGUGAGCCCUUUCAAACGAUUUCAACAUCGAAGUAUAGCAUAUUUCCCAAACCAUCCAGCAAAUUUCUUUCAGAUUAGUCGGGAAGUUGCAACUUACCAUGAUGGUAGGAUCUACGAACCAAAUGAGACAUCACAAGAUAUACUUCCCUUGCUCAAUAAAGAUAUUUCCAAGAUUGCACAGGGUGUUUCUGCCAUCGAUGCUCGAAAAUAUAAAGUGAAGUACAUUGGAUCCGAUUUGUAUCAGGGCUUCGAAAACUUUGAAUCCAUGUCUCGUGAAGAAUUGGAUUCAGCUUUGCCUUGUUUUGCAUACAUCAAGAAGUGGGAAGCUCACCAUCAUUGUAAGUACACUGAAAAUAAGAAAUAUACAAUAGUCUCAGCAAGACAUCACAUUGUAAACUUGAUAAUGUCAAUUUUUGACACAUCCAAGGAGACAAUUGUAAACUCUACAUAUUUGGGGAAUGGUUUAUUGACUUUCUCACAGGAUACUUCGGAUCCUAUGACAAUGAAUGAAGGAAUAUUUACUAAAAAUAAGAAUCUGAAGAAAAUAUGUUAUUCAGGUUUUGCACUAGAAGACCUACUUACCAAAUCACAGAAAGAACCAUUGUUUUCCAUAACUGAAAAUCAACUUGAUGAUAAUAUAACACUCUUAUUGCGUUGUGAAAUGGAUGCGUAUAACCAACUGACUCAAAAUUAUACUGAAUUAAAAUGUUAUGCACCUUUAAAAAUGGCUAGUCCGCAACAUCGCAAAAAGCUUCUCAAAACAUGGAUUCAAACGGGAGUACUUCCCUCAUCCGAUCUAAUGUUCGGUAUAAGAAGCCCUUACAAUGGCGAAUUAUUGGAUAUUGAAUGGUAUUCCAGAGAUGGGCUCUACAGACGAUUCAAUAAUAGAAAUCUGCCGGAGAACAAGAAGUCACUGAACUUCAAUGCAAACAUAGCUGUAGAAUGGUCCCAUCACUGUAUUAAAACAAUAUGUGAGCUGAUUUCAGACAAUUUACAGGGAGAUGCUCCACAAGCUUUCCAAAUAAAAGUCGAUACUUUUAGAAAUAUAUCCAUAAGAAAUCUUUCUAAAAUCCCACAAAAUGCUCAGAUUCCAAGGCAGUAUCUUUAA